AUGAAGUUCCUUGCAGUUUGCUUCUUCUUCAUUCUUAAAUCUGUUGCUGCUUACAGCACUUCUCACGGACACCUUAGCCGCAGGGCACCCGCUCAGGGCAUUACCAUCACCAACGCCCAGGUUGAGAAGUUCCGUGACCUCGUCAAGACGGACCUUGCCCAGAAGGUCGAUGACCUGAUUGAGCUCAUUGUCGCUGACGUUGAGAGGGCUAUUGUUGAGAACGGCGAAGCUCACGCCGCUUUCAUCCAAACUGGCAUUAACGAAAAUGUUAAGAAGAUGGUCAAGCAGGCUGCUCUCACCAUGGUCAAGCACUUGAUUCCCGUGUUCGAGGGCUGGAUCGCUGACGCCGUCAGGCCACCAGUCACCACUCCCACUGUUUUCAACAUGCUCAUCAAGCCCGUAUGCCAGAGCAUCUUCGACAACAUCUACCUCAAGCUCAAACUCCCUGCCUCUGACAAGUGGGAAGAUGCCGCCGAUGAGGGAGACUUCGACGCCGGUGAAUUGGGAGACGCUGAGUCUGAUGAUUUCCAAUUCUAA